AUGAUCAUCCUAAGGACCCCAAUCCUGAUCCUCAUCAGUCACCCCUACCAUCAUCACCAUCGCUUCUGUCAGCCUCAACCUGAGCGGUUACCAUGCUUUGCUUCUCCUCUGCUUUUCAUCCCCGUCUCACUUCUCUCUCUCUCUCAGCUCAUUUCCUCUCUGCUCCCUCUGGCUUGGUGUUCUCUGGCUCUCUCCUCAGUGCAUAGGUCACUCAGCUCGACCGACAGCCCUCCACUGAGCCCUCAUACACAUUUCCCUGCAGUGAGCGGAGCCUUCAUGGAUUCCCCGUACAACGGCAACACGUCCCUGCAGACGUCCACCUCCAACCUGAACGCCAGCUUCUCGCGGCCCCCGGAGCCAGAGGACGACGGCAAGGUGUCCAGCGAGACCAUCUGGCUGUGGGUGGCCGUCAUCGCCACCAUCGGCAACAUAGUGGUGGUGGCCGUGGUCUGCGCCUGUGCCUUCUGAUCGCCACAUGCUCCCACUUUUACGUCCCGACCUGCCCCAGACCACUAGCACACAGCCUGGAUCUCCUAACUCAAACUCCCAGCCCCGCCCCCCCCCCCCCCCAGCCCCGCCCCUCCCGCUGUCACCGCCACCCACCCCCAGGACACCAGCACAGAACCCAGUAUCCGCCCCUCCCCCGUCGCCUCCCAACCACCGCCGUUUAACACCCGCCAGCCUGCCGCUCUCUUCACCCGGCCCCGCUGCUACAGCAGAUGACAGCUAUAGCUUCGCACCCCUGCAGACAGAUAUCACACCUCGCUGUUCUCCAGACCAUAGGCGGGCUGACACCCCUUUCGUUCCUAGCCUCCUUUCCUUCUUCCUCUCCUCCCCUCCUCUCCGCUCCAGCCUCCUCUGGUUAGCGUGGGAGGUCACGCCCCCCUCCGACUCUGCUGCCAACAAGGUCACUGUGAUGGAGAGAGGGAGGAGAGGAAUGGAAACAAAGAUACAAAGGGGAGACGGAGAGAGAUAAGGAGGGGAGUACAUGGGAGGAGAGAGUGAGCGCUAGAGCAAUGGAGCGGGAUGAGAAAGAGAGAUGGAGGGAUGGAGAGAGAAAGAGAGGGCACUGGUAGAGGAUUGUCUCUAGUACUCACACAGCAGCAGUGGAGAAAGAGAUGGCAAGUCCUUCAGUGGCGCGUCUUCACAGAGUCUCAUAGAGGAUUGAUAGCAUUGCACUGCUCAGGACACCCUUAUGAACAUUCAAGAUGAUGUGGAUGUCUGGGUGUGUAAUGUAACAAUAAUGUAUUCAAUCAGCAGACAUUUCAAUCCAAAGGCGAGUGGAGUUGAACCCGGGAUCGUUUGAUCUCUGUAGUAUAGUUUUAGAAGCUAGUGUAAGAGAGCGAUAUAGAUGGCGAGGGAGAGAGGGAUGUAGAGGGAGCAAAAGAGAGAGGGAGAGUGUGCGUGCCAGAGUGUGUUACGCAAGGGGACCUUAUAUAAACCUUGUCAAUCUGCCUUCUGCCUUCCAAUAGAGAGGUGACCAGGGUCGAGCCUAAAGGAUCAGAGAGCCUCGUGCUGGCUGUGUGAGCCUUCUGAGGGAUCUUCUCCAACAUAUGAUCUGCCCUCUGCUGCACGCCAUACUGCCCCUCCACAGGGCUGUGUGUGUGUGUGUGUGUGUUUGUGUGUGUGUGUGUCUUUGUUGAUGGAUGCUGGGAGUGGAUUUAGUAUCAAUCUUGCUUAAAAGUGUGAUUAAGCCAUGUGUGGGUGUGGGUGUGUGUGUGUGUGUGGGGGGGGGGGCUAGUGAACUAACUGGGCUAUAAACCUGUCAAACUACAAAGGACUGUAAUGAGACUUAAUGCUUCCUGCUCUCUCUACCCCUCUCUCUCGCUCUGUCUGUCCCUCUCUCUGUCUGUCCCUCUCUCUCUCUCCCUCCCCGUCUCUCGCUCUCUCUCUUUCCCUAGCUUCUGUAGUUCUCCUUCCCUCUCUCCAUCUCCUCCGGGCCCUGUCUCCGCGAUCAUGACAAAUCGUAUCACUGCUCUUCAUUGCUUUGAACAAAGAUCCUCCUUCCAAGCAUCUUCCUUCCGAGCGUGACUUCCUCUUUUAAUCUGGACUUGUGGAGUGGUGGGGGGGUGAUGUGGGUUGGAGGGGGGGGGGGGCGGCUAGGGUAAAACGUCAGCUGGCGGGAAGAGAGGAGAAGGAAGGGAGGGCAGAGAGCGGAGGGCGGGGGAGGUCAUGUCAUCAGUGUGAAAUUCUUAUUUUCAAUGAAGCCAGUGAAGUGGAAUAAGAGGUUUUCAGGAUGUAAGAAUGAGGAUCUGGGGCCUGUGGAAAGCAGAGUAAUUAAGAGUGGAGAGACAGAGAGAAAGAGGGAGAACAUAAAAGAGAGAGAGAGAGCGAGAGGGAGAGAUCCAUGCGGGUAGCCUUCAGUGAGGGUUCAACAGAAGUCUAUUCUCUGUGUCCUUGGAGAGGUGAGGCUCUGCUCUGCAGGGAGAUCUCCUGCCAGUACCGAUCCCACCCAGAGCUAGUCCACAUCGCACAAUGACUCCUGCAGCUCUACCAGGCACAUCUACACAUUAGAAUAAGAGUCUAGAAGUCUCUCCGCUCCACUCACAACACAUGAUCUUUUUCAGAGCAAAUCCACUUAAACCAGAGAGUGAAUCGAAGUUAUAAAAGUUAGAUAAGACAUUGAGAGUCUGAUGUAUUUUUUAUAUCUAAUGUCUUACGUUACUUGACUAUCACUGGUGUAGAUGAGUUAUUAUCCUUGAAUCUAAGCAGACAUUCUCAGUCUUUAGCCCAGAACGGUCCUAAAGUUAUCUACCCCCUUGCCAGAAACCCUACUUGUCCUCGCUUGACGUGGCCCACACCACAUCC